AUGAUUGGAGCCGGAGUUGCGAUUGUUCCCUCAACCCAUCCAAAUGAGCUGAAAUAUAUAAUACAUGAACUAGAUGUUGUGUUGAUCAUGUCGGUGAAUCCAGGUUUUAGUGGGCAGGAUUUUCUUUAUUCACAGUUAGAUAAAAUAUCUUUGGUGAAGAAGAUGAUACAGGAGCGUAAUCUCGAUACACAAAUUUCAGUGGAUGGUGGAGUUAAUCUUUCUAAUGCGGCUAAAAUUAUACAAGCAGGUGCAGAUAUUUUAGUUGUAGGUUCAGCAAUAUUCAAGGCUAAAAAUAUAAAAAAAACUAUAAACAAUCUGAAAAAUCUGUAAAAUUUAAAAGCCCGUUCAAACCUCAAUAGA